AUGCAGAAGAAGAAGGAGCAGCAGAAACGAAGGAGCGAUCUGGGUGGCCAGGAUCCUGCAGCGUCGGCCUCAGGCUUAGUCUCUGACAGUCGAGACAGGCGGCCAUUGACUCAGGAGAAGAAAGCAUUAGCCUUUCGGAGGCUGCAGGUACAGAUCAAGAUUGAGGAGUUUUUGAAAUCCUACACCAGAGGCCAAAACUUGGUCAAAAUCAAUGCGAGAGGAAAGAGGUAUGCGAGGCGGGUGUAUGUUGACACGGCCAAACGCGCAUUAGUGGUUCAAGGAGCGAACGGCCCAAAAUUCUUCCCGUUUGCUGCCAUGAAGGAGGUCGAUCUUGAAACACGAACCACUAAGGAGGGGCGUGUGGAGACCCUGGUGAUUUGUGCAAUUGAGAAGGAAGGGCGCAUUGUGAAGGACCACCAGAUUUUGAGUUUGGCACCUGCGACCUGCCAGUACCUUUGUCAAUUGCGCCAGCCUUUUGCCAUCAACGCCUCGCAGGAAAAGCUCGAGCGAGGCGACGAGGAUGUGGCAGAAAUCGGCUCCCAAGCCAACCACAAGACGCAGCUUGACCCCGUCCUAGCACAGCGAUGGGAUCCACUGACACGCUUUGCGUCGCAAGCAGAUAGGGAGAAGUUGCAAGCUGGAAAAGGUGUCGUGAACGACGAAAUCGGUUCAAUAGCAGACAAGAGUGUCAAGUUGGAUCCUGUUCUGGCCAAGCGAUGGUCAAAGCAGCAGGAGCGAAUGGAUGAUAAUUACGUCUGUGACAUUCCGGAUGUGAUCUCCGUCGCCGACAAAUCCACGAAACUUGAUCCUGUCCUGGCCAAGCGCUGGGCUUCAGGAAAUGAACGCCUUGCAGCAGGUCAGGAAGUUCCUGAAGUAGGGUCCAGAGCGGACUUCUCGAGGAAAGAUACUGAACUGGCCAAGACCUUUGCCAAAAUGCAGAGGCAAGCCAAGCGAGGCGCAUUGACAGCGCAUUGA